CUCCUCUUGAAAACCAAAUAAAACAAAUCAAAUUCCUGGUAGUCUUAUCAGCAAAGAGCGGGGAGUACCAACUCUGUAAUUGCCUCAGUUCACUUCCCUUCUCAUCCCUCCAUCUCCAUGGAAGCCUCCACCGGACCUCCACGUUUUCCCUCACCGUCACCGUCAAUAAACGUCGACAAGUUAAAGCAAAAGCUUCUGCAAAACGGCGUCGACCCAACUCCCAAAAUCAUCCACACUCUCCGUAAAAAGCAACUUCAAAAAUUCAACCGACGCCUCGCCAAAAAAGCCGCUAAAGAACCCGAGCCACUCACGGAAACCCAAACACAAGCCCUUACCGAAGAAUCAUAUUUCCAGGCCGUUAAGUCUGAGUACAAAAGCUUCAACAAAGAGGUGAAUGCCAAAAAUGAUGUGAAAAUGGUGGGAAGGCCUUGGGAGAGAAUUGAGAAACUCAAAUUGCAAGAGCUUUCUAGUGAGAGUAAGGUGUAUUCUGGUGAUAAAUUGAAUUCUGAGCAUCUUUGGGAGCUCAGUGAUAUAAUUGAGAGUGAAAGAGAUAAAUUCUCAUGGCUUUUGGAUAAUGAUGUUGAAAUUAAACAAGGAUGGUUCGAUAAUGAAAGGGAUAACUGGAACUAUACACGGCGUCGUAGAGGCGAAGCUGAGACUAUUCGGUUUAUUAUUGACAGAUUGAGUGGGACGGAACUAGGUGUGAAGGAUUAUAAGUUUUCUAAGUUGAUGAAACACUCGGGAUUGCAGUUUACUGAGGAGCAAAUGCUGAGGUUAGUGGAAGGGCUUGGUGAAAAGGGACAGUGGAGACACGCAUUGUCUGUUGUACACUGGGUUUUCAACUCUAAGGAACACAGACGCUGCAAGAGCAGGUUUGUGUACACUAAACUGUUGGCAGUUCUGGGGAAAGCAAGGAGGCCCCGUGAAGCUCUUCAAGUUUUCAAUUUGAUGAGAGGAGAUGCCCAUAUUUACCCUGAUAUGGCAGCAUACCAUAGCGUGGCAGUUACACUUGGCCAAGCUGGUCUGCUCAAAGAGUUGAUCAACAUCAUUGACUGCAUGAAGCAAAAACCUGAAAAGAUAAAGUACAUGCGGAAGAAGAACUGGGAUCCUGUUCUUCAACCGGAUCUUGUGGUAUAUAAUGCUGUUUUAAAUGCUUGUGUACCAUCCCGCCAGUGGAGGGGAGUGUUCUGGGCUUUUGAGCAGCUGAGAAAGAAUGGUCUUAAGCCAAAUGGGCCAAGCUAUGGACUCGCGAUGGAGGUAAUGUUGCAAUCUGGAAGANUAUAUAUAUAUAUAUGUAUGAGGUUCGAGUCGGUAAACGCUCCAACAUAA